CCCACUCAUAGAUUCUGCUCCCCAUAACUCUAUACCACUAUCUUCCGCCAUAAAUUAAAACCGGAUUGGCUACUCAAUGGCCUCUUGUAUCACAGACCGGCUCAUAAACAACUCUGCAAGUCUUCAGAUUUCCUAAAACUAUCAUCCCACAAUGACUUCCUCAAUCCUUCCUUUGAACGGCAGACUCGUCGACAUCGGCAGUCAUUCUUUGGCCCUCUACUCUCACGGUCCAGAGCCCAGCAGCUCCAAAGAUCCUGUCGUACUCUUCGUCUCGGGCGUAGCAAGCGAUGCCCUCAACUGGCAAGCCGUGGUGAGGCUGCUUCCUCCCUCGCUGCGAAGCUACACUUACGAUCGUUCGGGUUAUCGUAACUCACAAUCUUCGCCGCUCGUUCCCUCAGCUGAGAACAUUGCUCUGGAGCUCUCCCUUUUGAUUGAAAAAGCUCCCAUUCCGAAUCCUCUGAUCAUCGUUGGACAUUCCUGGGCCGGUGUGCUCAUUCAUGAGUUCAUUGCCCUGAAAGGAACUAGCCAGAUCGCUGGUCUAGUCCUUGUUGACGCCAACCAUGAGACUGCUCCUCUGGUAAUCAACGUAGAUGAUCCAAUUCUGUGGAAUGCUAUAGCCGCGGAUGUUGAGCCAUAUGCUGCCUGGGGUGUUGAAGCGGAGCAUCAAUUGACACAAGAAGAGUGGGAUGCGUUUAAAGCGGCAGAAUCGACUGAAAAGUACAAGCUGAUUGCACAGAAGGAGGAUGUAGAGCAGUACCUGCCAAGUUUUGCGACGUUGCGAAAGAAGAAACUGAGUGAAAAACAGCCAUUGGUUGGGGAUAAACCAGUUUAUGUAAUUGGAGGCACGCGAAGCAGAGAUUGGAAUGGACUAUACAAGGCGGGCGUUGCGAAAGGGAAUGGAACAGAGGACCAGAGGAGCUACGUUAGAGAGAUGAUCAGGACAGUCGAUGAGAAAAGCAAGGGUCUCAUGGAGAAAUUUCUAAAACUCUCUACCAGAAGCGAGCUUGUAUUUGCCACCGAGAGUGGUCACUUUGUCCAGAUGACCCAGCCGGACAUUGUUGUCAAUGGAGUAAAUUGGGUCUUGGAUAACCUACCAGCGUCUUCUUAGCUACGAAAAUUCAC